AUGAAGAGAUACACCCAUACCAUUGCUCACACUCUCCAGGCACCACCAGCAGAACCAGAAUUCGAACAAGCUCUCCACGAAGUCGAAUCCACUUUGGCUCCACUUUUCGAAAAGCAACCAGAAUACAAAAGAGCUUUGCGUGUCAUUCAAGUCCCUGAGCGUGUUAUCCAAUUCCGUGUUCCAUGGGAAAAUGACAACGGUGAAGUCGAAGUCAACGUAGGCUACCGUGUUCAAUUCAACUCUGCCCUCGGUCCUUACAAGGGUGGUCUUAGAUUGCACGAAUCUGUCAACCUCUCAAUCUUGAAAUUUUUGGGCUUUGAGCAAAUCUUCAAGAAUGCACUUACAGGCUUGUCCGACGAGCUUGGCGGCGGUAAAGGAGGCUCAACGUUUUCUAGCAAGGGCCGUUCUGACAACGAAAUCCGUCGCUUUUGUGUAAGCUUUAUGACCGAGUUGUCGAAGCACAUUGGUCAAGACACAGACAUUCCUGCUGGUGAUAUCGGUACCACUGGACGUGAGGUUGGCUUCAUGUUUGGCCAAUACAAGAGACUUCGCAACGAGUUCUCUGGUAUCCUCACCGGUAAGGGUCUCUCAUGGGGUGGAUCACUCAUCCGUCCAGAGGCCACUGGUUAUGGUGUCGUCUACUACGUCGUAGAAAUGCUUAAGCACUUCAACGAGACUGUCAAGGGCAAGCGCACUCUUGUCUCAGGUUCUGGUAACGUCGCCCAAUACGCUGCCCUCAAGGUUAUCGAGCUUGGUGGUUCAGUCCACUCGCUUUCUGACUCCAAGGGCUCAGUUAUUGCUGCAGAUGGUUUCACCCCAGAAGACAUCUUCGAGAUCCAAGACCUCAAGGCCAAGUUCGGCUACCUCGCUGACUGGGUUAAGACAAAGGGCGACAAGUACGUCUACCACGCUGGCGCUCGUCCAUGGACUCUCCUCGAGAAGGUCGACAUCGCUCUUCCAUCAGCUACCCAAAACGAGGUUUCAGGCGAAGAAGCUAAGGCUCUCCUCAAGGCUGGCUGCAGAAUCGUCGCUGAAGGUUCAAACAUGGGUUCAACUCAAGAGGCUAUUGACGUUUACGAGUCAACCCUCACCUCCGAGAAGCCAUUGUGGUACGGUCCAGGUAAGGCUGCAAACUCCGGUGGUGUUGCUGUCUCUGGUCUCGAAAUGGCUCAGAACUCCCAACGUCUCCGCUGGACUGCCCAGGAUGUCGACCAGCGUCUCGAGCAAAUCAUGAAGGAUUGCUACGCCAACUGCUUCGAAGUUGGCCAGAAGUACGGCUCUGGUAAGGGCUACCCAUCCCUCGUCACCGGUGCCAACAUUGCUGGAUUCUUGAAGGUCGCUGAUGCUAUGAAGUCUCACGGCGACUGGUACUAA